AAUGAAAGGAACAUACGUGGCAUGAAAAUCAGGGGAGGGGACAGGUAGAGUAGAGAUCAGCUGAAUCAUGCAACGGUGAAGAAAGAUGAAGAAUGCUUACCUCCUUGGCCUCUCUUGUCCAAACCCUAAAUUCCCAAUUCGCAAUUAACCCUUUAUUCCAAGCAUUCUUCACCAUUCGCGAAGCAAUCAUUGUCUGCUGAAGUCGCCAUUGUCGCUCCUCCAGGAAGUAUUGUAGAAACCGCCUCUAGUUUGACUGAUUGCGAGCUCUUUACAUUUCCUCCAAGCUUUGGUUGGUCUCCCUUCACCCGCCAGCGGAGCAGUACUUUCAUGGCGGCCAACGGCCUGCUGACAUUAGGCCGAGUGAAGCUCAGUGAUCUAAUCGCCACCGACGGCGUCCCUUCCGAUUCCUACAAGCUAUCAGUCUCGACUCUGUCCCAGUCUCUCGCUCAGUACUCCGCCGCCAUCAUUCAAUUCUCCUCCAGCGACGGAGCUCUCUUGAGGUCGGGGUUGGAUUCCGCGCGCCUCUACUUCCACCAGAGGCCAUCGUUCCCCGACGCGAUUCAGAGUGACGAUUCCCGCGAGUGGUGCAGGACGUCUGGUUACUACGCCGAUCCUCAGCUGUGGCAGGAGACAUACGAUUACAGACCAGGUUUAACUCCUCCAGACGAGCAUUCUUCAAGCAACUCCGUUGAAUUCCUCCCUCCUGGAGCCUUGCCUGACAUUUUUGCUCUGCUGGGGAGAGCUGCACGGGGUAUCUUGGAUGCAAUAAGCUUCUAUUUGAAUCUGCGCAGCUCGCCUUUCGCGGAAAUACUCGACAAUGUGCCCUUGAGGGAUCGAGAGAUAUCUUCUUCUGUGUUGUCGGUUUGCUGUCAUGCAAGGCCGUCGUUUCAGGGAGCUCAUGGCCAAAUGGGUGGCUUGUAUGAGGACGAUGAUCACCAUGUCGACAAGAGCUUGAUAUCGCUGGUUAAGUCGGACAAAGCAGGGCUUCAUAUAAGAGACUUUAAUGGAAGAUGGGUUGUUGUGGAUGGUGAUCUUGGUCCUCAAGAAGCUAUUGUUUUCCCAGGGCUUGCACUCUACCAAGCGACAGCAGGUUAUGUGAACCCUGCGCUUCACAGAACCGAUACUAGUAGUGGCAUGCAGAGUAAUAUGUGUGGAAGAUGUUCUUUGACAUUUAAGCUUAUGCCGAAAUCGAUGACCAAUCUUAGUUCGACGGAGAUGAGAGCAGCUGGACAUGGUGUUGAAUCUCAGUUCCAGCUGCCAGUGCUAGUGGAUGACUUUAUGCAGAGGUCAUACACUACUGAUUAUAUAUUGAACAAGCAUGGAUAUCAGGGCUUCGGGUUGUCUUCCUCUCAAGACGGAUCUGUGAUGAAGCCCACAAUGAAGAGAAAAAAGAGUAAUAAUUCAAGAUGCAAGCCUCUACCGCCUUCAAAGAGGCUGAGGCUCGAGGCACAGAGGGUACUCAAGGAGAGAGUUCAGGACAUUGCUGAUAAGAAGGGGAUCAAGCUCAAGUUUUGUAACUUGAAAGAGUGUGAGAGUCAUGUUCAUGAUGUAGAUAGUCCUUGUGCCAAUAUCAGAAUGGAGAUUGGGUGGCCACCUGGCGUGCCCUUCGUUCACCCUCACGACUUGCCCAACAAGGCAAAGAUGGGGUUUCUCGAAGCAUACGAGCCUGGUUGGACUGCAACUCAAGAUUUAGAUAUGGCUCUUGCAGAAUCUGGACGAGGUGGCAGCCAACACUCAGACAUUAUGUAGCUGAUCUGGCCUUUGAGAUGUUCGUCGCAAAGCUUCCGCAGCAAAUUUUGGUUCAAAGUCAAUCCUGAACACUGCAGCGGCCAUGAAGCUUGAUCUUGGCUGAAAGCCCUCAUGGUCAGUUCGCCUCAUCACACAAGGAGAUACGCCUGCUGCAGUAAUGCAUUGGUCAGUGAGCUUUGAUCAGGCUUAGUUUUUAAGGUUUCUUGGCUCCUCUCUUACUGCAACUUCAUCGAUGGGCGUUCCGGUAAUAAGCAAGACUUAACGAGUGCAAACUGCUGGUCCAGGCGUAACCAAUUCGAUCUUUGGACAUGCUGUAUGAAAAGUGUAAGUGAAGGUACAAAGAUAAAGAAAAGAAAUGAUCAUCUGUAACUGUGGGAAAUGUACUGUGCAAUGAGUUUUAAAGGCCUGAAAGCUUGUUGAUUCAGUGUUGUUUACAAAUGGUUGUAUCUGCAACUACUUCAGAAACCAUCGUGCAAUGUAUUAUACUUUGG